AUGGAUCCACAAAACGUGGUCGACACCGUCGAGUUGCUCCCGGGUCUCAGCAAUGCCGGCUACCUUUCCCGGCUCGCCAACUACCCGCCUGUGUCGCACACUGCGCUCAAAGUCAAGUCGUAUUCUCUGAACAACGUCAAGGAACAGCGCGUCCAGGAGGCGCUCGUCGUCAGAGACCUUCUCAACGUGUUGAUGGGCCAAGAAGGUAUCUAUAUACGCUACAACAACAGCUAUGACCCGGCACAACGCGACAUGGUCGAAAUUCGGGGGCCCGAUUUCAAAAUCGCCAAAAACAUAGACUUGUCCGUGAAAUCCGUGGCUCGCCGUGUAGUCCGGUUUGGCAAAGCGUACCAGGUCCUGGUCCAGUUCGUCGACCGCUACGAGGAGCCCGAGUUCGGGUCCGUGCUGCACGGCCUGUGCCACGAAAUCCGUGCUUUUCUCAAACACAAAUAUCUCCGAUGCGUCGUUAACGUCGCUGAAAAAGAUUUCCAUACCAGGCCCCAGUUCGGUGUCCGCGAACUCGAACAAUUGCUCGCGCAGGAAUGCGCUCCGGAAACGCUACUUUUACAGGAACUCGUCGACGAAAUUUGUCGCGAAAUGACGCGCAGAGCGCUCAUGGAUCGUGACGAGGCCAAUUUCAACAGGUUCAUCCAGGAUUUGCAAGUCGAAAAAAAAUUGGGGUCCACCGUUUUGCUUAUGACCGAUUCUCGUGUCUCCAGUGUCGCAAAGGGCGGCGCGGUCCUGCAAAUCGUGCAAACCAAACUGAAUCAGAACUGGGGAAAUCAGCGCGACGAGAUCUUUCUCAAGACGCUUUUCCGACGUAUAGCGGUGCCCUAUUGCCAUUUGCUCCAUAAUUGGCUUACUAACGGCACUCUCAAUGACCUCUACGAUGAGUUUCUCAUUAUGGAUACGGCGCAAUCUGGUAACAAACGGCUCCGAGUCACCUCUUUGAAUAGUGAACGGUUAUGGGACACCCAAUACGUGGUACGUAAAGACGGGCUCAUGGCCCAGUUUCAAGACGAGACCGUCUUGUUCAAGAUUCUGCUCACGGGCAAAUUGUUAAACAUGUUUCGCCACUGCACAAACGUGCAAGAUCUCUCGAACCUGUUCCCAAUCGAAAAUAAUGCGGUCCUGACCGAGAUUCCUCAAAACAUGGAACUGGUUUUGUACGUCGACAAGCUCUAUCUGCGUGCCAACAGACUGGCACAAUCUUUACUUUACGAGGGCUACGAUCUGAUGAACUUGCUACAGGAGUUUCGAACGAAUUUCCUGUUCGAUAACAACGCCAAUUUUUUCAAGUAUUUCUUCAACAGAAACAUCGUUGAACUCACGAAAACCCGAAGCGACGCGACACUUGCCAAGCUGAGCAGAUCUUUCGCCCAAUUUCAAAAAACCCGUCCCAACAACGGCUUAGUACUUUCGCUGCUCAAUUUGCGACUCGAAAACAGAAAUUUUGCCAGCACUGUUGAUCAGUUUUCCUCAGAACACGCCAUUUUCGAUGACAACGUAGAUCUUUUGCAAGCUCGAAAUUUCGACAAUUUGCGUGAUAUGCUAUUAAAGGAUCUGACUGCCAGUUGGCCCGAGUCCGAUUCGACCGCAACGGAGACCAAUCUGGCAUCGAUUCAUUUCUUACAAUUCGAAAUUAUCGUGCCUUUCCCACUCAACACUCUCAUCACCAAGACCCACGUCGUUCAAAUUCAGUUGAUCCAACGCUACCUUUUGCUGCUCAAAUACUACCAUAAAAUGGUGAACGACACCUGGUUCGAGCUCAAUAAAAACAAGAUAUGGCGCUAUUCUGGCUACACGCAGGACGUGGCAAGCUGGAUUCGUCGGUGUCGCGUCUUACAUUUCCGCAUGACCCAAUUCAUGAACCUUUUGCUAGAAAGCACGGUCCGUGACGUCGUCGCGGUCGAAUGGCAAGGCCUCCAGCAAAUGCUGAGUCUCGGAGCGUCUGAUGCGCACCAAUUCGAUUUUUAUUUAUUCCAACAGCGUAUCCAAGAUUUCCUUACCAACAUCAUUUCGCACUCGCUGCUUACAAAAACUUCGGUGGUCCGCUUACUGCUGCGAAUAGUCGACAUUAUACACAAGUUCUGCAAAUUCGUCACGUCCCAGCGCAAAGCCCUGUGUUUUAUGGACAUCCAUCUUUUCAACCGCUACCAAGAUCAGUUGGCGGAUGACGCACUGUACGAUGAGGACGCGGCCAUCAACCGUUUCCAAGAGUUGAACACCACGCUUUCGGCGCUCGACACCAGUUUUAAACAGCACUGCACCGCUUUCGUCGAAGGCGUGAAGUAUUACAACGACAGAGCCGGUGUCAGCCAAGUGGCUCUUAAUUUGAUGGCAGGUUGGGCCUCUUAG